AUGGGUACACCUAUCCCUUGCCCGCUAUAUCCUGCCGAUGGCCAUUAUGACAACAACAGAGCUGACAUUGACAUCAUUCCCAGGGCUGUGAACAUCAUCUUCAUCGGAGCUGGCGCUGUAGGCUGCUUCUAUGCCUCGCGGCUGCAUCAUCCUGGUCGCAAUAUCCACGUCUCGCUUGUGGCCAGGUCCAACUACAAGGCCAUCAACGACUCAGGCGUGAAGCUGCAGACCCAUUCGUUUGGCGACUACCUCUUCAAGCCGUACGCAGCCUUCCCGUCGGUUGAAGCUGCGGCAUCACCAGGAAAUGACGACGUCACGACACAUUGGGACUAUGUCUUCGUGACGACCAAAGCGUUGCCCGAUCGCUCAGAUGACUCGCUAAUGAUCGCUCCCCUGGUCGGACCCAGUACAAUCGUCGUUUUGAUCCAAAACGGCGUCGGCGUCGAGGAGCCCUUUCGCCGGCGGUUCCCCAACAACCCCAUCGUGAGCGCCGUAACUGUCGUCAGCGCCGAGCAGACAUCGCCAGGCGUCAUUCGACAGAACCGCUGGACGCGGGUCAGCAUUGGACCGCAUACAAAUGGACUCGGCACGGGCGACUCUGAACUAGGUCGGCUUGGUACGCGGGCAGUCGAGCAGCUCGGCAUGUGGUGGGGUCCGGGUUGGGGUGGCAUCCGCGACAUUGAGCCCCAUGAUGAGGUCGGUCUGCAGACGGUGCGAUGGCACAAGCUUUGCAUCAACGCAGCGUUCAACCCGAGUGCGGUGCUGAGUGGCGGGAGAGGCAACGCCGAUAUGGUGACGGAUCCGGAGCUGCGGGAACAUGUGGUGGGCAUCAUGAACGAGAUCAGAGCGGCUGUGCCCAGGAUUCUGGGGAGGGAGUUUCCCGAUGACUUGGCAACGCCAGAUCGGAUCGUCAAGAGCACGGAGCGGAACGCGGGAGCAAAGCCAAGCAUGUUGCUCGACUGGGAGGCGGGACGGCCGCUGGAGCUGGAGGUGAUUCUCGGCAACCCGGUAAGGAUAGCAAGGGCACACGGCGUCGAGAUGCCCCGCCUGCAGACCCUGUACGCGCUUCUGAAGAGCGCACAAGCAAUGCGCGAAGAGAAAGCCAACAAAGGAAAACUGUAG